AGAGGAGAAGCGGCCGAAGCCAGAGCAGAUUGGGGAGCGGCGCUUCCCGGAGGAUCGGCCUCGGACCUGGGAGACCCCGAAGGCCGGCCGCAGCCAUGACCCUCCGCCACCUUAGGAAACUGCAACAGAAAGAAGAAGCAGCGGCCGCGCCGGACUCUACGGCCGCUGCCCCGGAUCAGGGGGCGGCCCCGGCUCCGGCCCCAGCCCCGGCCCCAGCCCCGGCCGCCUCCGCGGGGGAGGAGCUGUACGCCGCGCUCGAGGACUACCACCCGGCUGAGCUGUACCGCGCGCUGGCCGUGUCCGGGGGGACCCUGCCCCGCCGCAAGGGCUCCGGUUUCCGAUGGAAAAACCUCAACCAGAGUCCUGAGCAGCAACGGAAAGUGCUCACCUUGGAGAAGGAAGAAAACGAAACCUUUGGCUUUGAAAUCCAGACUUAUGGCCUUCACCAUCGGGAGAAGCAGAAAGUGGAGAUGGUCACCUUUGUGUGCCGAGUUCAUGAGGCCAGCCCGGCCCAAUUGGCAGGGCUCACCCCAGGAGACACUAUUGCCAGCGUGAACGGGCUCAAUGUGGAAGGGAUUCGGCAUCGAGAGAUUGUGGAUAUCAUCAAAGCAUCCGGCAACGUCCUCAGACUGGAGACAGUGUAUGGAACCUCCAUUCGGAAGGCCGAGUUAGAAGCACGGCUGCAGUAUCUGAAGCAAACUCUGUACGAGAAAUGGGGGGAAUAUCGAUCGCUGAUGGUACAAGAGCAGCGGCUAGUGCACGGUAUCGUGGUGAAGGACCCCAGCAUUUAUGACACCUUGGAGUCCGUUCGCUCCUGCCUCUAUGGCGCGGGCCUCCUCCCCGGCUCCCUGCCCUUUGGACCCCUGCUUUCCACCCCCAGCAGCGCCCGCAGCAGUUCAGGCCGGGCACGGGAUGGCUCCGAUGACUCAGUGUACCACACAUGCUUCUUCGGCGGAGCCGAGCCCCCGACCCUGUGCCCUCAGGCCCCCAACCAGGCUCCCCCGCCACCGCCGGCCCCCCGGCCCCUGCUGAGUCGCAGCGCUAGCGUCAAGUGCCCGGGCCCUGGUGGGGGCGGCGGCGGCGGCUCCCUUGGCCAGCUGUGGACAGAGGCCCGGGAGCAGGGCCUGUGCGGCCCUGGGCUGCGCAAGACCAAGUACCAGAGCUUCCGGCGGCGGCUGCUCAAGUUCAUCCCCGGACUGAACCGCUCCCUGGAGGAAGAGGAGAGCCAGCUGUAGGGGCGGAGGGGAGGGGCACGUGGGGGGAGGGGGGACCCUGAAGUUAUUUAUUUAUUUAUUCAGUAGAGGAGAGUGCGGACUGAAGCAGGCGCGGCUGGGUUGGAGGGGCUGUGCCUGACGCCCCCACCAAUUCUCAGACCCUUUGGGGUGAGCAGAGGAAAGGGAGGGUCUUGGGUCCCAGCCGCGGGGCUCUCCUUGACCGCCCCGGGAGGAGAGGAGCAGGCCGGUUGGCAGGCUAGGCUUGGCCUGGGCGAUCUGUGUCUGUGGCUUCUUUGAGGGGGGCAUAGUGCCUUGUGGGGUCGCCCUUCAACCUGGAUGGAGUUCCAGGAAUUUUGCCCCACACGCUGUCCGCUCCCACGCUGUACUGUGCCUCUCUCCUCCUCCAUCCCAACUCCAGGGAGAGGGAGACCCCAAUUCUCCCCUCAUCUUCUCCCACCGGGGGCCCAGUGGGAAUGGGUCGAGUUUCCGUGGCCUCUGGGGUCCUUCUAGGUCCUCCCCUUUCUCCUCUGCCCUUGGCCACUGAAGGGCUCGGGCUGUUCAUCCGUUUAGUCCGUUCACUUGUACUUGGCAAGGCAGUCCAGGGAAGACGAGCCCGAGAGCCCGCCAGGAACUGGGAAGGAAGAAGGACUCCUCCGGGAGCUUUCUCAGCCCCACCUGAAGGACGAAAUGGGGGAGUGGAGCGUGGGGGAGACCAGGCUGUUUGAAUGUUCGCCAUCUUGUUGUUUCUGAAAGAUAAAGUAUAAACAAACAAA